UAGCACGAGCUAGAAGGCACACCGACUCACCGAGCAGAGCACUUCACUCCACACCCAAAUGGCGAUGACUCAUGAAGAAGAGCUCUCGGAGCUGGCUACUAAGGUAACCUUCUACGCGCUCGGCGUGGCCGCCCUCCUCGCCUUUGCCGUGGACCAGGCCUGCGCCCACGGCUGGGGCUGCGCCGUGGCCCACGUCCUGCCGAAGAUACCGUACUAUCUAGCCAUACUCGUCCCGCUUCUCUUGCCGCCGGCGAUCGUGCUCUUCUUCGUCCGAGCUGCCGGCAGCAGCACCAAGGCCGCGGACGGAAAGAGCAUCAGCGUCAAGGAUGUUGACUUUUCCAUGGUUCUUCUGUUGCUUUUGCUUCUGUCGACGAUCAUAGGAACCAUCAAUUUCGCUUUUUACAAGUAUGGAUAUCCUUGCGAUCUUCUGGGCCACGUGGCUCUCUUCUUCAUCUUCCUGUGUGAAGCCCUCGUCUAUGUCCGCGCUGCACUGGCGCAGUGGAUGAACCCCAAGCCCAGCAACAUGGUGGCUGCAGACUAACGCCCACUUACUCAGUUUCAGGUGCGCAGGAUGAUGGAGAGUACUACGUAGUACUGUACUGCAGGAGCGCUUCUGCUUCCUUCUAGCUUUGUUGCUGUUCUGAAUAAAGAGACGGACAUGCAUGUCCUGUGAUGUGUAGCAUCUAGUACUCCUAGUAUCAAACUUGCUUCAGUUAAUGCUAGUUCAGCGCUGAUGCAGUGUCUGAAGCAAUAUGGUAAUUUGGCUGGACACUCUGAACCGCACCUAUAUCGAUCUAAAACAGCAUGUAUGUGUUGCUGUCAUUUACGUGUACGUGCCUAUAAAAUAUGAACAGCUUCCAUUCUGUAGUAUGUAAAAUACCAUAGCA